UUCCCCUUCGGAAUAUUUUCUUUUGACGGACCAGCCAGCAGUCGAAAUCAAAACUCAUCCGUUCGUCUGUGGACUGGGCGAAGUUGCUUUCAUCUGCUUUAUAAUUUCUCGAAUUAAAUUAUAGAAUAGUAUGUGAAGCUAAGUAUUAUGUAUUGUGCACGGAAUCGCAAAAGAUAACGUUAGAUAUUUGGAGGCGGAUUGUAGUAGGCUACGUCGUUCACUAUGGAGAAAUUCGAAGGGUAUAUUUUCACAGCUCUUUGCAGCACUAACUUUUUGGUUUCCUGUCUGCUGUUCUCCAAAAUAACCCGAGAGCAGAGACAGCCGUAUAUGGAUGAGAUAUUCCACGUCCCACAAGCCCAGAAAUACUGUCACGGGAAAUUCAACGAGUGGGACCCCAUGAUCACCACUCUCCCAGGUCUCUACCUGGUGACAGUAGGGGUGAUUAAGCCCAUGGUGUGGCUGGCCGACCUUUCGGGGAAGGUGGUGUGUUCCACUGCCAUGCUCCGCUUCGUCAACCUGCUCUUCAACUGCGGCAACCUCUACCUGCUCUACCUUCUCACCUGCAAGCUGCACUUCAGGGACAAGCUGCACGGUGCGCCCCGCAGGGUGCUGUCAGCCCUGUCGCUCUCCACCUUCCCUGUGCUCUACUUCUUCAACUUCCUCUACUACACUGAUGGCGGAUCUACUUUCUUCAUCUUGUUCGCCUACCUCAUGACGCUGUACGGCUGCCACGGCGCCUCGGCACUCCUCGGAGUGUGCUCCGUGUUCUUCCGCCAGACCAACAUCGUCUGGGUGGCGUUCUGCGCUGGCACGCUCGUGGCGAACAGGAUGGACGAGGUCUGGAGGGCGGAACACAGCAAGAAGAAGGACGACAAGUCGCCCGGCACCCAGGUCCCUCUGUCUGUCAGCGGGGCGAGGAGAGUGAUGCGUUUCCUGUUUGACUUCCUGACCUCGCCCCGCCAGCUGAGGGGCGUGCUGAUGGUGGCGUGGCCGUAUGGCGCCGUGGCGCUCCUGUUCGUGGCGUUCGUGCUUCUGAACGACGGCAUCGUCGUGGGAGACCGCGGGAGCCACGAGGCGUGCCUCAACUUCCCCCAGCUCUUCUACUUCCUGUCCUUCGCUCUCUUCUUCUCCCUCCCCGUGUCGCUGUGUCACCACCGCGCUCUGCGCUUCCUGCAGAGCGUGCGGAGGCGGCCCCUCCUCUACCUGCUCCUGUCCGGCCUGGCCCUGCUGCUCGUCUGGAAGUUCACCUUCGUACACAAGUACCUCCUGGCCGACAACAGGCACUUCCCCUUCUACGUGUGGCGGCGUGUGUUCCAGAGGCACGCGGCCGUGCGCUUCCUCCUGGUUCCCGCCUACGUGUUUGCGGGCUGGAACCUUCUAGACUGCUUGCGCUCCCGCUCGCUCUUCUGGGUCCUGGCCUUCCUGGCCUGCCUGCUGGCUUCCUGUGUGCCCCAGAAGCUGCUGGAGUUCAGGUACUUCAUCAUCCCCUACCUGAUGUUUCGCCUGCACAUGCUCCUCCCCUCCCUGCCCCGCCUCCUGCUGGAGCUCUUCCUCCACGCGCUGGUCAACGCCACCACGCUCUACCUCUUCAUCAACAACACCUUCCACUGGCCCAACAGCUCAGACGUACAGAGGUUCAUGUGGUGAACCUGCUUCAUGUCCCGCCCCCUUGCUGGGGCUCAGGACCAAUCAGAACCCGGUGUGGAGGUACAGGACCGUCUCCAGGGAAACAGGGUUUGGUUGAGACUGACUCCUCCUCCCUGUGGAACAGAUGGAUGGAAGGAUUCCUGUCACACUGUAUAGACUCUGAUCAUUACUUUUUUUAUUGCUUAAUAAUUGUGUUCUACUAGCACAGGAAGGGUAGUUUAUGACCAACAUUAAGAUUUGAGAUCAAAUUAAUACAAAUUGUUUUGGGGGUUGGUGAGGGAACUUUAAAUAAAUAAAAUCAAUACCCAACAUCCUUUUGACCCUGGAGAGCUCCACCUUCCUGUAUUUCCCUCAACCCCUGCUGUAGCUAACCUCAACUAGCUCAUUAGAAGCAGGUGUGAUAGAUUAGCGUGGAAGCAGAAACCAACAGGAAGGUCUCUCCAGGAGAGUCUGGAAGAGCUGGGCUCAGAACCGAGACAGAGACCAAACUGACCAGUGAUAAGACAAGGCAGGAAUGUGUGUUUUUGUAAUAAAAAAAAUGCUUUAAAAACAAAUAAAUUACAAUAAAUCUUCAGUUUGCCAUUUAAAAA